CUGGACUGCACUUUCCAACAGUAUAUAUAUGUAUGACUCUCACUUGCUGCUGCUUGUUCUUGCCAUCCAUCUCCAAGACAGCUUCGAUCAACAACACCUCUACCCAGCAGAUUUACCUCUAGCAACGACCACUCGAAAAAACAGAAACCCGACAACGACAGCAAAAAUGCAAUUCACAACCUUCGCCUUCGCCGCUGUGCUUCUCAGCCCUCUGGCCCUCGCCCAGGCUCCCGCUUCCAGCUUCGGUGUUCCAAACCCGAAUGACAUCGCUGAAGUCGAUUACUGCCAAUGUGUUGGUUUCACCGGAGCACCCAACGACGUUCCAAAUAAUCAGUAUACCGACAAAGUCUGCAUGGGCUGGGCGGGAGCACUUUCUAUUAUGAAUGGCAGCUUCCGGCAGUGCACCAACGUCAGUCCCGACGCUAUUACCGGUUUCAGCAACACUUGCGCUUCCUACGGAGAAGCUGGUGCGAGGGGUGCGAAGUGCUGUAAGAGAGGACAAGCUUGGAGCGAAUGCCAGAUGGUGAUUCCAGGAGAGAAUGGCGGAAAAUGCUCCUGAUUGAUUGAUUGAAGCACAGCUGCGGUCUCGUAUAGACUUAGUACCUGAUUUGUGGGGAAAGAGAAAGAGAGAGAGACACUAAGGGGACCACUUCUGAUGUGGAGCUGAAACUAGAGGGACCGAUUCUGCCGCUUUCGGAUCUAUACAUGAUCACAAACUCCGCGCGUUCCUCGUCAUUACGAUCCUUAAAAUAGAAAUUGAGAAAAGCAG